AUGUUAAUAGUGAAAAACAACCAUAGUGGUACCAAUGGUGGUAUUUUCCAUUUAUCCUGCCCUAGCUGUCCAUAUAGUUUCCCUGUUGAAGGUAUAGAACUUUACGAUAGAAAAAACCUACCUAGAAAGGAAGUAGAUGAUGUACUAGGUGGUGGUUGGGAUAAUGUGGAUCAAACACCUGCCCAAUGUCCCAAUUACGAUGAAUGUGGUGGUGAAAGGGCCUAUUUUUUUCAAUUACAAAUCAGAUCUGCUGAUGAGCCAAUGACCACUUUUUAUAAAUGUUGUAAUUGUGGUAAUAGGUGGAGAGAAAAUUAG